AUGGACCAAACCAACUACACCAAUGUGAGGGAGUUUGUAUUCCUGGAACUCACUCACUUUCGGGAGCUUGAGUUCUUCUUCUUUGUGAUCUUUCUUCUUGUGUAUAUAACAACCAUUUUGGGAAAUGCACUCAUUGUCAUCACAAUCACCUUUGAGUCUCGCCUCCACACGCCCAUGUACUUUCUGUUACGAAACAAAUCAGUCCUGGAUAUUGUUUUUUCUUCUAUCACUGUCCCCAAGUUCCUGGUGGAUCUUUUAUCAGAGAGAAAAACCAUCUCCUACAAUGGCUGUUUGACACAGAUUUUUUUCUUCCACUUUGCUGGAGGAGCAGAUAUUUUUUUCCUCUCUGUGAUGGCCUAUGACAGGUACCUUGCAAUAGCUAAACCCCUACAUUAUGUGACCAUUAUGAGGAGAGAGGUGUGGGUGGCCUUAGUAGUGUUUUCCUGGGUGGGUGGUGGUUUGCAUUCAAUUGUCCAGGUAAUUUUAAUGCUUCCACUCCCCUUCUGUGGCCCCAACAUCCUGGAUGCCUUCUAUUGUGAUGUACCCCAGGUGGUAAAACUGGCAUGCACUGACACCUUUGCUUUGGAGCUCCUGCUGAUCUCCAACAAUGGACUGGUGACACUGGUGUGGUUCCUCCUCCUCCUUGGUUCAUAUGCUGCCAUUCUGGUGAUGCUGAGUUCUCACUCCGGGGAGGGGAGAAACAAGAUCCUCUCCACCUGCACAUCCCACAUACUGGUGGUGACACUCCACUUUGUGCCUUGUGUUUACAUAUACUGCCGGCCCUUCACCACUCUGCCCAUGGACACAGCCGUGUCCAUCAAUAACACAGUCAUCACCCCAAUGCUGAACCCCCUGAUCUACAGCCUGAGGAACCAAGAGAUGAAAUCAUCCAUGAGGAGACUGCAGAGGAGGCUCGUGCCUUUAGACCACAAUAAGCUGGGGUGA